GAUCAUAGGCUGGCUUAACGUUACAGAACAUAACAGCUGUUUAAUGUUUUGUUCCGAUUAAUUCGGUGCUACCCAAGCCAGCCGUAGUGAGUGAUGCACUUCUGGUCAUUUUCACAAAAAUAAAACACCCGUUGUCUUUUAUUAUGAAGAAAACCAUGAGGGUAGAAUUUGCGCUUUUAUUUUGUAAACAGGAAGUGAACCUCCCCUCGCUAACGUCAUAGCUCACUUGAAUCCGUCGUAACUCUGUUUUAAUUGACGCUAUAGCUCCGGUAACGUCGUGUUUUAAAGCUUUUUCGUGUGAGAAAGUAGCAGUUUAGGUCCCCGUUGUUCCGCCAGUUUAUCCAAAUAACGCUUGUUUGCACUUUUGCUCCGCCGUGCUGGGAGAAGUGCAGACCAGCCCCACCUGUGGUGGUAAAUGGCUGAAUAAUGACAUUUAAGUUACUGUUUGCCUUAUUGUUUGUCAUUUCCACAUAUAGAAUUUAGCCUUUGCUCAGUCACCCUUGCAGCUUAUCCAGGUGUCAGAUUCUGUCACUUUUUUGACGGCUGAAAGGCUGAAAAACUGAUCUAGAGUGAUCCAACUUUACCUAUCCAUGACUUGUUUUUUUGUGCCUUCCAGGAGCAACUAAAAGAGCCUUAACAUCAUGGAGGAAUUGGAUGAUGUUACUGUUUCAGUUCUAAAUGGUAUGUUUAGGUGUUGCUGCAUGCUACAUAAUAUUGAUGUGUAUUACCAUUUAACUGAAUUAUUGAUUAUGGAUGAUGAUACCGAUCUCAGAAACAAAAUGUAUUUCAGCUAUUUUGCUGUCUCAAAACUCCUAGUGACUAUUUUUUUAUUUAGAUUUAUUCUUAGAUAAUAGAUGGAAUAACACAGACACUGCAAUUGGACUUUAUUUACCUUGUCAAGUUGAUCAGUGCUAAAUUUAUAGGUAAAAUGGUAUAUGGUUUUUAAUUCUUAAAGGUUUGUUAAUGAUUUGACUUUGUUUACAGCUGCCAGCAUAGAUGAGGCCUUACUCCACACCCUCAGUCGGGAUGAUUUAAGAGACCUUUUUCCUGGGCCAGAGAACUUUCUCGGGAGGAAACAACUGUGGGCUCUUAUUAGCCAUGAGGAUGAGAAUGCCACUUUACCAGACAAAGCUGGCCCAGGUGAAACAGGAACUGUGUCAUCACUUCAAGGAUACCUCCAGUAUCCCCCCACACAUCCACUCCUGUGUUGAAGAAAACCUUACAGCUUCCUAGUCCACCAGAAUAUGUUAUAUACACAGACACUGAGUUGGAACUGGCUCGUAAGCACCAUUUUGAGAUAGGUAGAGAGGGGGAAUCUGUAAUGUCUAAAGAGUUGAGAUGCAGGCUGGUGAGGAACACUGUUACCAGCAUGAUCUCAAUCUUAAGAGCAAGUCAACAAGGAGAGGAGCUCCGGUACCCCUCUAAGCAUGAGGUCACCGCAAUGGCUAAGAGACUAGUGGAGUAUUAUCCCAUGCUACAGGAUAAAGAUGAACCCAUCAAACAUAUGAGCAUGUACAGUUAUCUUCAGAAGAGAAUUCUGAAUGUGAAGUCCCCACAGAAGAGGAAGGGGCCCAGACCAGAGAGAAGCAGUUCAACCAAAAGACGUCACAUUGACUUCUCUCCAAGUGACCAGGGAGAAGAUUAUGAUGCAGACUCAAGUGGUGGAUCAACAAUUCUUUUGCCACCUAGGGGCAGUUCUGAAGACGACAGUUCAGCGGACAAAGAUAGUCCGGCAGCACAGGCCAGGCAUUACAAGACUCUGCAGGAGAUGUACAAAAAACCAAAACCCAACCAAGAUGCUGUCUGCCAGAUCCUUGACCUUGAGUUUCAAUCAAGAAGAGCCUUCAUUGACAGUGGCAUUCUGAAAGAAGAGGACAGACCAGCAAAGAUUUUCGAUGCAUAUCCAUGUUUCAAAGAGCUUCAUCAUGUGAUGGAUGAGCUGCGGCGGAUUCUGACUAAGGACAACAGCAAGUUCAUCAAUGAAGUAAAGAAGAGAUGGGCCGACUUCUGCUCCAUGGUGCAGUUUUAUGGUGUUUGGAGGAAAGUGUUGAAGCCACCCAUGAGCCUGGGUGCAGUGGAAUCCAACAUUGCCUUGUUCAGGGCACUACCCACACUCUUCCCCUCACCGUCUGCGCCACCUAAGAAGAUGGGACAGGCCAGUGAGGCAUUGCUUCAUGUCCUUCAGCCAACAGAAGAGCCAGCCAUCUACCUCCAGAAGAGAACCCUCUUCAGCCCUGUUUUGGUCUUUGAUGGGUCCCGCUGUCUUCUGGCAAUUGGAAACACUCCUGUCACUACAUUUGCCAAAGAAGAACUUGGUGAAGGGUUGCUGUAUCUGAUGGGUUAUUACUAUACCCUGCAUCUCACCUAUCCUAAGUGUGUGGCGACCAUUCUCUCUGUCAUUCAGACAGAGGUCUUACAGGACAGUAUCCACGACCGAGACACCACAGGCUCGUACAAAAGAGUCAUGGCAGAGUGGAAUGCUUUCAUUAAGAAAUAA